AUGCAGCUCGUGCGAGGCUUCCUCCUUCUUGCGCUCAGCCUGCAGUCCAUGUGCGUGAGAAGGGAGACGGAGCAAAUGCUUGAGCAGUCCAUGGCGAAGCAAGGCCGUCCAGGAUCAUGCAGGACAGAGAUCAUCUCUCCAUCAGCACUAGACGUAUGGACAGCCUCCUACCUCAUCGUUUCCUGGAGAGUUUGCGCUGAAGAUGCUGAAGAUUUUGACCAAGUGGUGAUACAUGUCGACGGAGUGAGCUACAGCCGGACAUCACAGACAGACGGCUCCUUCAAGAUCUUUGGGCUGCAAGAUGGCCCGCAUGUUGUUUACAUCGCAGCGCUCGACUCGCAAGGAAGGGAGUUGGAGGUGUCUGGCCGGCUGCGAGUGAGUUUCGAGAUCCGAAGAGGAGAGUCUUUGCUGGGAGCGCUGGCCGGGAAGAUCAGGAGGGGAGAGAGCGUGUGCACUGGAUGGGACGAUGGGGCGACGAAGGAUCUUGGGGACGAAGGGUACCGUGACCUGACGUUUGUCACUGCUGCGAUCAACAUAGGAAGGAGGCAUGGGAACAUCAGCUUCGAAGAAGAUUACAUCGGAAACAUCCUGCACAUCCUGGCCCUCAAGAUCCCCGUCGUGAUCCACAUGCAGGAAUAUCGUCCUUUGAUCUGCUCCAUCACUACUUCGGGAGCCCUGACGCUGCUGCAGGAGGAGUAUGCCCAUCUCGUAGAGCCUUACCUGCACUCCAAGGCCACCAUCCGACGCAAAGAGCUCUCAGAUCUUACAGCCUUCAAGCACUUCGAUGAUGUUGAGACUCUCCGUGUGAGCCAGAGAUGGCAAGGGUUCAACAAGAUAUACAACCCUGCCAAGAUGGAGUUGUACAACGCCCUGGUGAUGUCAAAGAUCUUCUGGCUGGAGGAAGUGGUGGAGGAGAACCCCUUCGGAUCCUCUCAGUUCUUCUGGAUGGAUGCGGGACUAUGUGUGCGAUUCGUGCAGCCACCGUUGAACCUGCAGGCUCUACACCUCCAGUCCCGUCGCUUCUUGAUCUACUCCAUGGAUCUCAGCUACGACGAAGGACUUGAUGUCCACGGGUUCCCGCAAGACGCUCACAUGAAAUACUCAGGGAAAGCUGCCAACGUGUUGCUGCGAGGAAAUAUUUUCGGUGGGACGGGAGAAUCCAUCCGUGUGGUCUUGAACAUGACCUUGAAGGAUGGCUACAUGGGAACAGAGGAGAGCGUGUUCACCCUCACCUGUGCUCGCCACGCAGAUCUCUGCAACGUCGUCUCUGUCUCCGACAACCACCUUCAAACGGAGAUGCCUUGCCGCAUGUUCCUCGACCUGAGUCAUCGUCGGCCCGAAGCUCGCCUUAUCUUCCCUGCCGCUGGCUCGGUCGUCAACCCCGAGCAUGCUUUCGUGCUCACUGACGUGUCGAGCUUCGACCUCGGACAGGACGACCUUCCGAUAGGAAGGCUAGAAGUUCAGGUGGAGCUGAUUGGAUGGGACGGCUUGCCUGUCUUCGCGUCAGCGGGCGGGGAGCUACUUGUUGAGCUGGCUGUACCUUCGAGCAUGGACUGGGGAGGAGUCGUGCUGGACACGCGUCAGGCCAUGGGGGACCUGCUGAGCGAACGAAGCUUGUCAGGACGGGGGAUGGUGCUCGGAAUAUCAUGCAGCUACAUCAAAGAGGAGAUGGCAGCGUACACGCCCUAUGGAGGGCACGUGGAGGUCUUGGAUUGGAGCGACAGGCAGUUGUUGUGCAGCCCUUGUCAGGAGGAGGCGGCAAAGUGUAUCGCCUCCGGAUCCUUGGACUUCGUUUACGUCUGCCCUCCUUCCCUCGGAGAGCAAGCGCACUUAGAUCAGCUUCUUGAUUGUUUGGAUGACUCAGUGAGCGAUGCUGGUGGGCUCGAGAGGAACGAGACAUGA